AUGCCUCGCGGCGGCGGGCUAAUGGCGUCGGGGGCGCGGCUGCAGUUACUGCUCGCGCUCUGGACGCUGGCGGGCCCGGCCCGGCCGGUGGCCGCGGACGCGAGCGACGGAGGGUGGGCGGCGGGCUCAGGCCUGGCCGCCUACAUCGCGUGGGCGCUGCUGCUGCAGCCUGGCUUCCGCCGCGUGCCGCUGCGGCUGCAGGUGCCCUAUGUCGGUGCAAGUGAGCGGCAGGUGGAGCACGUGUUGUCGCUAUUGCGAGGCCGUCCUGGAAAGACGGUGGACCUGGGCUCUGGCGACGGCAGGAUUGUGCUGGCUGCUCAUAAGUGCGGUCUCCGCCCGGCUGUGGGCUACGAGCUGAACCCGUGGCUAGUGGGGCUGGCCCGGCUGCACGCGUGGAGAGCAGGCUGUGCCGGCAGUGUUUGCUACCUGCGUGAGGACCUCUGGAAGGUGAGCCUGAGGGACUGCCACAACGUGUCUGUGUUCCUGGCCCCUAGCGUGCUCCCCCUGCUGGAAGACAAGCUGCGGGCAGAGUUGCCCGCAGGGGCCCGAGUGGAUAAAUGCAGCGGUGCUGGUCUGCAUUUCGGAGAGGACAAAACGGACACCAAAAAGGAUGGACCAUGGAAUGAGCUGAGAGAGGCCCCCUCCCCACCUCCUCAGCCACCACCGAACUUCCCCUUCCCGACUGCCCUCGUGGGUGGGGCCCUCAGAGACCGGGGACCAGCAGGAGACCAACAGAGGUCUUAG